GUGUUAAGGUGUUUACCUCUCUCUGGAUUUACAUUACACAGCGACAUCACAUCAUUGGCGGUGUGUGUCUCCCAGGUGCCGCCGCCGCGUCCACUCCGUCCACCCUCGCCGCCAAGAUGCUGCCGGAGAAGCUUCUGUUCCACGUGAAGCUGCUGUUCUGCAUGGUGGUGGUGGCCACGGAGGGGAAGAAGAAGAAGAAGAACCGCAAGCAAGCCGAUGAGCCUGAGGCGGCGUCCAUGCUUGAGCCGGGCUUCAACAUGUGUGACAUCAAGACGCCUGAAGUGAUCUAUUGCUACUGUGACAUCUUGGACAUUGAUCAGGCUGAGGAGGGCAACUGCUGGAUCUUCAACGACACCUCUGAAAAUGAGUUCGUCUGGGAAGGUUUCAUGUCCCAGACGAGGAUCAAGAGGCUCACGCUGCACCUUCGGCCGGACGGAACCCUCAAAAGCAUCCCCACCGUGGCUAUCAUGCACCUUCCGCUCAUUGAGAUGUUCGAGGUUCAGUACGCCACCUUCAAAAACGUCAAGGCGUAUAGCUUCGGGAACUCUACCACAUUGUCGAAGGUCUCCCUCUCGCGGAACUCCAUCGCAACGCUCGCCCGCAACGCCUUCACGCAUCUCCCCUCGCUCGACACGCUGUCCUUAGGGGAAAACCACAUCUCGGAGAUCAAUCGUCACGUAUUCGCUGACCUGCCCAAACUGACGAAGCUGUACAUCGAUCGCAACAACAUCACCAUCGUACAUGACCGUGCCUUCCAGGGCCUCCACAACCUCCAUGAGCUUGACCUCUUCUCAAAUCAGAUUCACGUGAUCACGCCGGACACCUUCAAGGGCCUCCAGUCGUUGGUGCGUCUCGACCUCCACAAGAACCGCAUCGAAGUCAUCGGCGACAAGACCUUCCGGGACCUCCAGGCGCUGCGGGUGCUGGACCUUCAGGAGAACUCCCUCAAGUACAUCGCCCCCAACGGCUUCUUCGGCCUGGGGCAGCUGCAGCACCUCAACCUGCAGGACAACAAGCUUCUCACGCUGGGUGCCGAGGUGCUGCGUCCCGCCCCCAGUAUCCUGCACCUCGACAUCCGCGCCAACGUGCUGGAGACCCUCACGCUGGAGACCAUUCAGCCGCUCAUCGAGAACCUCAACAACGAUUCCAUGCAGUUCUUCCUCGAAGGUGAGUACCCCUGAGACGGUGUUCUUGUU